AGGGGAAGUGCGCGCUCCCUAUCAAACAGAGACAGUGGCGAGAAAAAAAACGCACGGCGCGCAUCCGUUCACCUCCCCAUUGACGUCACUCCGGUAUCACAUGAACGAGCCGGGACCAAUCCACACACAGUCCUAUCGAAGCACUCGGUUCCUACUCUGAGAUAGGGAGGAAAAAACGAUAGAAAAAGCGGAACCAUGACUCCCAGCAUCUGAAGAACAAAACACUCUGUAUGCGGUUAUUGUUUGACAUUUUUGCGAGGAAGACUGGAAUAAUAUGCUGUGGACAGAGACGGAAUGGAUAUGGCAAUGGGCCGAACGUAUUAAAUAAAGGAAAGACAUAAGGAAACGUUGGACUACAUCGAACCCUUCCUCGUUUGGACGGGCUUGUUUAAUGGCUUCAUUUCUCGCCGUCACCGAUUCUAGCCUUUUCUGUUCCACCAGUGUUAUUAAACGCACUGAGGUCGAAUCACGGUGGAUCGCGUGAGCCAAACACUGGGACGACCAUUAGGGGCUGUUCAAACCGAACGCAUUUUUGUGCUAAACGACAAAUAGAACGGAACGCAGUUGUCUCGAGACGCGUUUUUGAUAGUUAACCUUCUUUUUUUUACCUGACGCGACGUCCCUGGGAAACAAAAAACAGCGCAGACGGACGCUUAAACGUGUUUGGUGUGAACGGCCCCUUAUUCGGCAUCGAAAUCAGAAGACAUCCACCUGAUCUUAUCCAACGCCCUCGACUUUCCCUCAGCUUCAACAUGGAUUUUAACGGCAGCGGCGGGGGAAACGAAUUGCACAACAAUCAGUUUUAUCCGUCCGAAGAGAGUAAGCCGCUGCUCGGAGAAAUGUCCGCGCAGCAGCCGCCGCCGCUGGAGGGGAAUAAUAAUCACAAAGCGGGGCCCUGCAGCAAGAGGACCCUUCUACACUGCAGCAGCAGCGGGAUGAGAUACAAACUGCUCCAGGAGGGAGACAUCCAGGUGUGCGUGGUCAAGCAUCCGCGGACCUUCCUCAGUAAGAUCCUCACCUCGAAAUUUUUACGGAGGUGGGAGCCGCACCACCUCACCUUGACGGACAGCAGUCUAGUGUCUGCCACGCCCACUGGAUACAUGGAGGCCCCUCUGUCUUACAGCACUAUAGAAGACCUGCAGCUGUUUUCCUGGGACAAUGCCCCUAAAUACUGUGUCCAGCUAAGCUUUCCUGGAGGGACAGUCCUCCUGCAGGCUGCUAACAGCUAUCUGCGGGACCAGUGGUUUCACUCUAUACAGUGGAAGAAAAAGACCUACAAGUACCGCAAGGUUCUGAAUAACCCAAGCCGCUGGGACGUGGUACUGAAGGAGAUCAGAGCUCUGGUGGAUAUGGCCCUGACAUCACCUCUGCAGGACGAGUCCAUUCAUCAGGCCCCACUACAUAUCAUCUCCACCCUGCUCGCUGAGAACACCAACCUCAGUGCUCAGGACCAUGAGAACAUCAUUGUGGCCAUUGCACCCCUGCUGGAGAAUAACCACCCUCCUCCUGACCUGUGUGAAUUCUUCUGCAAGCACUGUAGGGAGCGCCCUCGGUCGAUGGUGGUGAUUGAAGUGUUCACUCCUGUGGUUCAGAGGAUCCUCAAACAUAAUAUGGACUUUGGGAAAUGCCCCAGACUACGUCUCUUUACUCAGGAGUAUAUUUUGGCUCUGAAUGAACUCAAUGCUGGGAUGGAAGUGGUCAAGAAGUUUAUUCACAGCAUGCACGGUCCCACCGGACAGUGCCCUCAUCCUCGGGUACUCCCCAAUCUCGUGGCGGUGUGCCUGGCUGCCAUCUACUCUUGCUACGAAGAGUUCAUCAACAGUCGGGACAACUCUCCCAGUCUGAAGGAGAUCCGGAACGGUUGUCAACAGCAAAGUGAGAGGAAGCCGCCCAUGCCCUUGCGUCUGCUGCGGCCCGAGCCGCCUAUGCCACCCCUGAACACCACCCUGUCCCCUUCCCCAGCCCUUCCCCUCUCACCACCACCUUCCAUCGUGAACUCCAGUGAGAUCCUGGUGGAACUGGAGCGGAACAACAACACCGCUAACACACUUCGUAAGGCCCCUGCAGAGGGCGACAGUGAGCCCAACCUGAUCGACUGUCUACUGGUCAGCCCUGCGCUCAAUGCCCUGUCCAUUCAGCUGCCUGCCCACGCCGACAGAGUGCUGGGAUGUUUCGCUCUUAUCCUCAAGAUGCUAUCAGACUAUGAUGACUGGAGACCAGCACUGGCCAGCCUGCUUCAACCCAUCCCCUUUCCAAAAGAGGCCCUUGCACAUGCCAAAUUCACAAAAGAGCUGAAAUAUGUCAUUCAGAGGUUUGCAGAGGACCCCAGACAAGAGGUCCACUCCUGUUUGCUCAGCGUGCGCUCUGGAAAAGACGGGUGGUUCCAACUCUACAGUCCAGGAGGCGUAGCUUGCGAUGAUGACGGAGAGCUGUUUGCUAGCAUGGUCCACAUCCUCAUGGGUUCCUGCUACAAGACAAAGAAAUUUCUUCUGUCCCUGGCCGAAAAUAAACUGGGACCCUGCAUGCUCUUGGCCCUGCGGGGGAACCAGACCAUGGUGGAGAUCUUGUGCUUGAUGCUGGAAUACAACAUCAUAGAGAACAAGGACACUCAGCUACAGAUCAUCUCCACUCUGGAGAGCACCCAGGUCGGCUUGCGCAUGUACGAACAACUGUGCGACAGACAGAGAGAGCUUAAAGAACUGCAAAGAAAAGGAGGACCCACUCGACUCACUCUGCCCUCAAAAUCUACAGAUGCUGACUUGGCUCGUUUGCUAAUCUCUGGUUCCUUCGGCAACCUGGAGAACCUCAGCUUGGCAUUCACCAAUGUCACCAGUGCCUGCGCCGAACAGCUCAUCAAGCUGCCAUCCCUCAAACAGCUCAACCUGUGGUCCACCCAGUUUGGAGACGCUGGACUGCGCUUGCUGUCAGAGCACCUGGCCUGUCUGCAGGUUCUGAACUUGUGUGAGACUCCAGUCACAGAUGCAGGCCUGCUCUCCCUCAGCUCUAUGAAAAGCCUGUGUAGCCUGAAUAUGAACAGUACUAAACUCACCGCGGACACCUAUGAGGACCUGAAGGCUAAACUACCCAACCUGAAGGAAGUGGACGUUCGCUACACAGAGGCAUGGUGAACUGUUCAGCAUCAUCAAUUCUCACUGAGAUUUCUAAACGCUGGAAAUCGCAGACACAUCAUCAGAACACAACAUAAUCACAAACGUGGAGAAACGAGGACUGUAUUUAUAGGAACAUCAUUCAAACACAAGGACCUCCUGAUAUAUCAUAAAUGUGUCUCAUCCAAAUAUAAAGACGCUCUUUGUAGUGGCAUCAAAAUGCAAGAAUAUGUCUUGUGUGACAUCAUCAGCACAGGAACCUUGUUUCUAAUGAAUCAUAAAGGGGACUUUUUCACUUUCAACUGUUUGUUUGUUCUUGCCUUUUAUCUCAGACCCCUCGAAGGAACCGUGUCCCCUGUUAGUACCUGUGUGUCAGCCGUAUCUGGCUUUCCUUACAUCACCAUCCCUUAAAACUAUGGAUUUCAUCACUUUGUCCUUUUUUCCCAGAAGUCAAUGUUGAUUUGUCCUUCUUGAACUACAUGGAGCCAUUUCCCCUGUGGUACCAGCGUCUGGUGAAGGCCUGAAUAUUCAGAGCCACAUUCCAGUACAGUUUUGAUAUCACCUCUUGUGUGGAAAGCCAAAAUUUCCAUUUUGUUACAUUUGUGCUUGGUCCUUUCAGUUCAGUCAUUUUUCUUCCUCUGAGAAAUUCCUUGUGUAAAAUGUGUCUAACAAUGCUCACUUCUUGACACAUUCAUCUCUAUCUCUCUGAAAAUCAUUUUUUAUCAACUUGAAAAAGCAUAUUUUUCCAUACACUGCUUUCAUAUGUAUGUUUGUAAAGAAAAAAAUAUGUAUCCCAUUUUGGCAUUUUUUAAGCAGACAUUUCAGGGGCUUUGCUCUACAGCAAAACAGAAAAACGAAAAUUUUUGUUUCUUUUUUCUUUUCUUUUUUCUUUUUUUUUUGCAGCCACAUUGUACAGUGUAAUUUUGAUUUUACACCCAUAUUUAAGAGCACGUUUGUCCAGGAAGUAGUCUGGGACUACUUUGUAUUUAUGAGCCCCAUUUAUUUGGUUGCUCUGGUCUUUUUUUUUUAUUUUUUGUUUAUUUUUAUUUUAUCAUCAAGUACUUUUGUCAAGCAAACUGAACCAAAAUGGUGCCUAAAAACAUUUUCUGUAAAGAUUGCAUCACUUAGCAACUCUGAGGUAAGUCAGCAUAGUUGUACAUAGAUAUACAUUAUUGACUUUAAAACCAAUUAAUAGGCUUUAUUAUUCCCUGUAAACAUGUCGUGGUUGCCUCUAGCGGUCGAUAGGAGUCCACCACGAGUGUAUGGUUAAGAAAACUAUCGAGCCAAGAUUUCUGCUAUGUUCAUUAUGGCUUGUUAUGCAGUUUAACCUUUUUUACAUUUUGUUUUUUCGCUCGUGUUAAUGUCUCUCCGAAAACAUAUAGUUUAUCAUCAUUGUAAUAAGUUACAAUUAAUGUCUUGACUAGUAAAGAACUAUUACAAAAGAGGCAGAUCUUGCAAGUAAUUACUUGUUGAAGAAAUAUCUCGUAGUGAGCAAUAAAACUGUCAAUUUAAGUUACAAUUGUAACUUAAAUUGAGAGGUUUUCUUUAGAAAUUCUUAUUUUGAUCCAUGUUUACAAAGGAGUGUCUGUCUCAACUCACACUUAAACUAGCGAUAAAUAGACUGUGUUCCGAGUUGCUGCCCCGUCCAUGUGGCCGGUCUUUAACUUAGCAGUUUUUGAUAGGUCGAGCUUGUGUGUUUUUUAAAUUUAACACAGAAAUAGACACCGUCCAGGGGAGUUCAGUGCUGGGUGCCAUAAAUGUCUCUGGCACCAACUUGCGUUCUGCCAUCUUUGGUCUGAACCUUGCGUAGUUGCAUACUGUAUAAUGUACAUACGAGUGUAUAUAAUUUCCCUCCACUCUCUGUCUGAUAUUUUUGUUUCUCUUUCUCUCAUGUUUUUGGGAGACUUUUGUUGCCUUCAUUUUUUAAAUGAGUGCAUAUGGUCGCCUGUUUUGGUUCACUCCCUCCCACAGGCCAAGUGCACUGUCAUUGUGUUCAGUGGUUAUUUCUAUUUAAUUUUUUUGGACAAUUUGAUGUGUAAUCCUUUUUUUUUUUUUUUUUUUUUUUUUGCAUGUUGCAUCUGCAGAUGUCGCAUUUUGUAAUUUUAUCAUGGAGAUUAAAAUAUAAAGGAUAAAAUCACUAGUUCUGAAACCAGCCUUACACUUCCACCCUUCAACCACUUACCAUGUGGAUCAGUACACAUUUCUAAAAGCGAGUGGUGUGCGAGCCUGUGCACAACGCAGUAAACCGAAGGAUUAUAUUGGGCUUGUGAUAUUGAUGUUGAAGCAAGGUACAGUUCUGCAUUUGUGAGUGGACUAAAAAAACUGCCAUUUUAUACACUGGUGGAAACAUUAAAGUCACAUUUGUUUAAUGGUUUUCAGUCUCGGCGUAUAUCAGCAGACCAAAUUUCUCUGCAGGGGAAGGAGUUGAGAAGGCUGGGUUCCCCCCAACCCUCAUUUUGCUAAAAAAGAUAUACAAAUACCACCUUUUUCUCUUGAUCCAAAAACUAUUAAGAGUGGAAAUCUAGUUUCUACUUCAGUAACUUGGGAAACUGUUUCCUCCACACCUCUGAUUUAUUUGUUAUAUCCUGUGGAGUUCAUUGUGCUAUUUGUGUUUCCAAUGUCUCACUACCAACAUAUUUUAAUGUCUUGUUAUUUUCAGCUCCCACCCCCCCCCCCUCCCUUUUUUUUAAAAAAGCACUUUCCACAAUGUUGAAUUGAGACUGAGUCUUAAUAUGAUGUUGGUGGGGUUCCUAUGGCCCCUGUGAUACAGUUGUGUACAUACAAAUAAGAACUACAUUUCCCAUGAUGCCUGGAGUUUCUUCUGUGUUUAUCUGCUUCUAUCUACAGCUGGGUUGCUGCUGCUGCUGCUGCUCUAUGGCUGUUGUAAUGAGAACACACAACCUUCAACAGGAAAAUAAGCCUAAUAUGUGAACCAGUUUCAAUCAAAAUAAACUGUCUGAAUAUGUUUCAAAUAGAAAGCUUGGAAAGGUUUUUUU